AAACUGACUAUGAAAUCCGACUUUGGUCAUGUGGAAUUGUUCACACUGCAUUUCUGUGUAAACAAGUGGACAUUGGUCAGGCAUUCGCGCUUCAACCUCUCUCUGCCACCUGAUACUGUCAGCCUCCUACCCCUGACCGGUUUAUCUGAUGCCGAUCACCAGCUGCAGUUACUGUUUUUCCUUCGUAACCACAACAAUGUCAUGGGGAUCAAAUUCGACCAAUUUGACGGCUGGAUGUGGCAUCCCACUGUCAACUUCACCCUGCAUCUAAUCGGUAUUCAGGGCUCACAGCCUCCUACCUACAGUGCUAUAGCCAUGGGGCCUCGCAUCAUCCCAAUGGAGAGAGAUGAGGAUUCUGAUGAUUCAAGCCCUCCCAAGUUUGCCGCCCGUGAUGGUGCAGUACCACCACAACAACCCUUCAGUUUCAAAGCGCAAGCUCAUGAGUUUUCAUCUCUUGGUGCCAAAAAGCCCAGCAGAAAUGGAAAAGAGAAAAGCGGUAAAAGCACAAGGCCAAGCAGGUCCAAAGGUUCUUCAAAGACCCAAGAACAAUCCACUUUCCUUUUGAGGCAGGGCAUUUCCCAGAAUGGACUUAAGUCUGCUCGUUACAUGUCCAAGCCUUUUGUUGGAGGUCUUUUGAUUUCCAUCGAUUACAAUUCACUCAAAGAGGCAUUUUCUGGCUUUGGUGACGUGACUGAUGGUAAGUGUUCAUUGGGUCUGUUACCUGAGAAUCUGAGAUUCGUAACUCACGGUAUGAUUUACAAAGGAAAGUUGGAAAAUGGGACCUCAGUUGCAAUCAGAUCUCUGGCUAUAUCAAAAAAAUGUUCAACUCAAAACCUUAAAGUUCAGCUGGAUUUGCUCUCAAAGCUUCACCAUCCACACUUGGUUGUCCUGUUGGGUCACUGCAUUGAGUGUAGCGGACAAGAUGAUUCUGGUGGCAACAGACUUUUCCUCGUAUAUGAAUACAUCUCUGGUGGGAACUACCGUACCGAUCUUUCAGAAAACUAUCCAGAGAAGGUUCUCAAGUGGCCUGAUAGAUUGGCAAUCCUUAUUGGAGUUGCAAAAGCUGUCCAUUUUCUACACACUGGGGUUAUUCCAGGUUCUUUCAACAAUCGAUUGAAAACAAACAACAUAUUGCUAGAUGAGCAUAGGAUUCCAAAGCUGAGUGACUAUGGGAUGUCUAUCAUCACAGAAGAAACUGUGAAACUUGAGGCAAAAGGAGAAGGCCCAAAAUCCUGCGGUAAAAAUGAUCUGGAGGGUGAUGUUUACAACUUUGGAUUUAUACUACUUGAAUCACUUGUUGGUCCUAGAAUAAGUGGAAUGGGCGAAGCCUUUGUGCUGAACGAAAUGGCAUCGUUUGGGAGCCAAGAUGGCCGAAGAAGAAUUGUGGAUCCAAUCGUGUUGAUUACUUGCUCACAAGAGUCAUUAUCCAUUGUGGUAUCGAUCACAAAGAAAUGCAUAUUUCCAGAAGUAUCAACUCGUCCCUCUUUUGAAGAUGUGCUUUGGAACCUGCAGCAUGCAGCUCAAGUCCAGGCCACCUGUCUGAUAUGCUCUUUACUACUGUCUUGCUUGUAA